UUGGCAGCACUGAUAAAAUUUUAAUGUUUUAAUAUAACUGCCUUUUACAUGAUUCGAUACUUGUAUUGUAUUUGAAGUUUCGUUAUAGCUGGAAUAAUUAUAGUUUGAAAAUUAUCAAAUUUUAAAUCUCCAGGUAGCGCAGUGUGGCAGUGCCAAAAAUGAAUAGACAAGAAAUACAACGUAACAUAUUUUACUCAGACAGAUAUUAUGAUGGUGAAUAUGAGUACCGGCAUGUGGUCCUUCCCAAAGAGAUGGUUAAAUUAGUGCCGAAAACGCAUUUGAUGACUGAGGAUGAAUGGAGAAGUAUUGGGGUGCAACAGAGUAAGGGUUGGAUACAUUACAUGACACACUCACCAGAACCACACAUACUACUCUUCAGAAGGCCCAUUACAUCACCACCACCACAAGAAAACUAGUCUAGAAAUUAAGAAAAAUUUGUAUAUAAUGUUUAUAUUGUAUGUUAGUUUUUACCGAAAACAUUUUUGAGAAAUAUUUUGGAUUUCACAGUUGUUAUUCCUUUCCGAAUCUGUUUCAAGAUUUAUUCAAAACUGCUACUGUCUCUAUAACUAAGGUGCAACAAUACCAUUUUCCUUUCAUCUAUACUCUUUUACCAUGUAGAAGGGUACAUUUGAGUAAUUCGUAUCUGAAAUGGUUGAAAUGUCUACUGCAUUGAUGAAGAAUUAGCUCUCUGUUACUCACCUUAACUGAAUUAGAAAAUUAUUAUUUGUA